GCAGCCAGCACCAUAGCGUCCAACAGCUGGAACGCCAGUGGCAGCCCCGGGGAGGGGCGGGAAGAUGGCCAGGACGGCAUGGACAAGAGUCUGGACAAUGAUGCUGAGGGCGUGUGGAGUCCGGACAUUGAGCAGAGCUUCCAGGAGGCGCUGGCGAUCUACCCCCCCUGCGGCCGGCGGAAAAUCAUCCUCUCGGAUGAGGGCAAGAUGUACGGUCGUAACGAACUGAUAGCCCGGUACAUCAAGCUGCGGACGGGGAAGACGCGGACGAGGAAGCAGGUGUCCAGCCACAUACAGGUUCUAGCUCGGAAGAAGGUGCGGGAGUACCAGGUUGGCAUCAAGGUCUCUAGCCACUUGCAGGUUCUUGCCCGGCGGAAAUCUCGUGAGAUUCAGUCCAAGCUGAAGGCCAUGAACUUGGACCAGGUCUCGAAGGAUAAGGCUCUGCAGAGCAUGGCUUCCAUGUCCUCCGCGCAGAUCGUGUCGGCCAGCGUCCUGCAGAACAAGCUCAGCCCCCCUCCUCCUCUUCCUCAGGCUGUCUUCUCUGCUGCCCCCAGGUUUUGGAGUGGGCCUAUCCCAGGACAGCCUGGACCCUCUCAGGACAUUAAACCAUUUGCACAACCAGCUUACCCCAUCCAGCCACCCAUGCCUCCAUCACUAGCCAGUUACGAGCCCUUGGCUCCGCUCCCACCAGCCGCCUCAGCCGUGCCAGUCUGGCAGGACCGUACCAUCGCCUCCGCCAAGCUCCGGCUCCUCGAGUACUCCGCCUUCAUGGAGGUGCCACGGGACGCCGAAACGUACAGCAAACACCUCUUCGUGCACAUCGGGCAGACGAACCCCUCGUACAGCGACCCACUGCUGGAGGCUGUGGACAUCCGCCAGAUCUAUGACAAGUUCCCCGAGAAGAAAGGUGGCCUCAAGGAGCUCUAUGAGCGUGGGCCCCAGAACUCCUUCUUCCUCGUCAAAUUUUGGGCGGAUCUGAACAGCACGAUCCAGGACGGGCCAGGGACUUUUUACGGUGUCAGCAGCCAGUACAGCAGUGCAGAGAACAUGACCAUCACGGUCUCCACCAAGGUGUGCUCCUUUGGGAAGCAGGUCGUGGAGAAGGUGGAGACGGAAUAUGCGCGGCUGGAGAACGGCCGGUUCGUCUACCGCAUCCACCGGUCUCCCAUGUGCGAGUACAUGAUCAACUUCAUCCACAAACUCAAGCACCUCCCGGAGAAGUACAUGAUGAACAGCGUCCUGGAGAAUUUCACCAUCCUGCAGGUUGUUACCAACAGGGAUACCCAGGAAACUUUGCUCUGCAUAGCCUUCGUCUUCGAGGUCUCCACCAGUGAGCACGGCGCCCAGCACCACGUCUACAAGUUGGUCAAGGACUAGGGGCCCUCGGGGACGGGUGGGGGAAUGAAGGGUGCGGGGUGCGGGGGCUGUGCAGAGCAGCCACCCGUGCCCGCUGCCUCGUGAGGAGUCAUUUGAGGAGAGGAGGAGGAGGAAGAAAAACAAUAGCCAAAAAAGACUGACUUGUGAUCGCAGAUGUUUUCUACUUAGGAACAGUUUCUUUUUUUUUUUUUUUAAAUAAAUAAAAAAAAAAAAAAAAGAAGAAUGGGAAAUGAAGUGUAGGGAGAAAGGAAAACCGCAUCCGGAGCUGGAUGGGGAGAGGCUGAUGAAGGCUGGGAGCUCACCGUGCCAUCUCCAGCAGCGGGAUGUCGGAGCAGAGGACAGCCCCUCCUCUCACCCUGCACUUGAGGGUCCUGGUCCUGAGUGGAGAGGAGCAAGCACGGAUGGGCUGGAGGAUGUGGCAGCAGCAUCACUCCAGGUCUGAUCCGAAUCCGAUCAGCAUCAGUGCUGGCUGGUGGCUGGUGGGGACGUGGGGUUGAAAUGUUGAGGUUGGAGCAGGGCAGGACAGGGUGGAGGGGACCCGGGAUGCUCCUUCUCCAUGCCCAGGUGGGGCACUGGGAGCUGGUGGCACAGAAGGUGGGAGGCCAUUGACGAUGCAAACUUGUUUUUUUAUGGCUCUUUUUUUUUUCUUUCUUUUUUAAAUUAAAGUGCUUUUUAAUACUUUUUAAGAAGACACCAUGCUUGUAACCAGGACUGUGACCCUCUGUGGUGUCCAGGACCUCCUCUCAGCCCCUGUGCUGGUGACGGAGGAGGUGACACAAUGAGUUCGAUGGGUCAGAGCCAUGCUGGGCUUGGGGAACAGGUCCCGUAGGGAAGAUUUGGGGGUGUCCCCAUUCCAGGAGUGGCUGCAGACAUGGCACUGGGAUCCCUGAGCUCUGCACUUGGGGUGGCCCAGGCUAAACGUACCCUCCGUGCUUGCUUGCUGAGGAGUAUCGAGGAGAGAGCACUGUGGGUGGAUUUGCCUGAUUUACUUUGCAUUUUCCAUCCUUUUGUUGGAGUUUAUUUCACCUUUUUGGACUUCUUUUGGUGUUGACUGUUGUGGUUUCGGCUGCUCCCCACAGCCGCUCCGGCUGGCUCGCCUGUAUCCCAUGGGAAGCAGCCAGGGAGGCAGCUGGAGCAGGGAGAAGCGCAUUGUGCAAUGCAGGACCAGGCUGCAAGCGGGCAGAGUUUGGAACAGAGAGGGAUGGAGAGGGGACAGAGGACAGUAGGGACACCAGAACAGGGGACUGGGUCUGCUUGGAGGUGGUUUUGUGGCUGCAUCCCAAAAUUAGCCCAGGCAGCGUGUCCAGUCCCGAGGCUCUGCAUGCCCCAGGGCACAGGAGGGAUGCGGAGGGGCAGAGGUUGGGAUUUGAGGUGGUGGCAUGGAGCAGGGUGGCAGGAGGCUGGCAGGGGUACGGGGAGCCUGCGAUGGGCAGGUCUGGCCGGGUUUCUUGUGGAGUGAAGGCAGCGGGAGGUGCAGGAGUGGGUUGAGGGGUGCUGGAGCCAGGGGUGAUGGGACUGGGGGGGUUUAGGCUUGAUGCUGCCGGGUGUAGGGAGCAGGGAUAGCCCCGAAGCUUGGGAAAGGGCCUUGGCUGCCAUUGUGGUGCCACAUGUUCCAUGAGAUGUGGGGACUUCAACUUCUUGCUGCCGAGAGAAGCCGCUUGGUGGUGGGGGCUGGAUGAAGCAGGAACAGCAGAGCAUGGGGGAAGGAGAGAGGGAAAAUACCAGGGAAAGGCAUGGGCAUCCCAUCCCACGGCUGUGCUGGGGCUGUCCGGCCGAGUUCUCAUAUGUAGCAUGCUUCUUUGUUGUUUUGUGGUUCUUUUUCUUUCUUCCAUUUCACUCACUGACCUAAAAACUCUGGGAAUGAAAACUCAGCACUUCCCCACCAUAGAACACAGGCGUGCCCUGCUCCCGGCCCUGCUGGGGGACAAAGCUCUUCAUGAACUGGACCGGUGUGUGCCUCCAUCUCUCCCUCCAUCCCUGCAUCCAUCCCUGCACCCUCCAUCCCGGGGUGCCCACCCGCACCCCCCGCACACGCUGCCUGCUACCCAGAGACACUUUCUCAUCCCCCCCAUCCCCUCUGUUCUCCUCCAGUGUAUUUAUGAAUUUCACAUGAAGUACUGUUUUAUUUUUUUAAUGACUUUGUAAAGCUUACCAGGGUUACAAUCACCAUUUUUAGAGCUGUGUCAGUCCACAAUGUUAAAAAAAACCCCGUUUUUUUAAUGUAUUAUAUUUUUGUGUAUUUUUUUUUUUAAUCCAGCUGUGAUGGGUUGUAUCAUAUAUUUGUUGUGUUUACUGUAUCUGUCCAACUUCAAAGAGAGGAGACUGUGGAGCUCUGAGAAAACUACGGUCUGCUGAAAAGAAAACCAUUAAAAUUAUUUGUUCAUGGGUUGGCUCAAGUG